UUUCUUUUUUUUUUUUUUUUUUUUUUUUUUUUUUUUUUUCUUCUUUUUUAAUUAUUAUUUCUUUUUACCCACACCAGCUCUUAUUUUAAACAUGACAAGUAUAAUAAAAACAGAUAAAUUAUACAAGUGUAAAAUUUGCCUUGAAAAGGAUCCUGUGGAUCUACUUAUUUCACCAUGCCACUGUAAAGGUUCAAUAAAGUACGUUCAUCCUCAUUGCAUGGCAGGAUGGAGAAAGGCACUACUACAGACAGGACGAGAGAGCGACUUGUAUCAUUGUCAACUGUGUAAGCAUAGACUUUGGAUAAAACAAAAGCGACUCUGGGCUGCAUUAUUACGAUAUAAAAUUGCCAAAGUGAUUGUUACAGUGUCUCUUUUGGGAAUCAUCUUAAUCCCAGCAGGCAUCAUCAUGAAGACAUUUAUUCAUUUUUCCGUCUUACUGACAAACUAUCCUGGUGGGCUAUCACAGGCAUGGGCAUCCAAUUCAUUAACAAAGCUACUUUACAAGAGUAGCAAAUCAUCCAUCAUUGCAUCCUUCUCAUCCUCUUCCAGUCUUUUACAAUCCAUCACAAGUAACGCCUCUAGUACGGUUUCACCUUUAUUCCUGUCUGAAACCCCUCCUUCCAAUGCAGCCGCCGCCACCACUUUUCGUGUUCUUUAUUCCCCAUUUCCCGUGUGCUUCUUACCUGAUACAAGUAAUGAAUCGCAUGCAUUAUUCUCAAGUGGUCUACUGUAUUAUUUCUUGUUUCCUUUUUCGGACGAUAGACUCUGGCAAUUGAUCUUGUGUCGCCUGGAACAUUUUCAUCUGGGUUUCUUUUUGCUGGGAAGUAUCAAUAAUAUUUAUUUCACCUACAAGAUACUCAAUGAAAUGUUUAACAUCGUCCUAUUGGGCGAUGGUCAAGACGACGAGGACAUCGAGGUCGAAGAGCAGAGUUUGGAUACAAUCACCCGUCGAUUAUCCAAAGUAGUGAAAGGCUUCUUGCUCGUCUAUUGUUGUUCUCUCGUCAUCUUGUUCUGGAUUCAUUUUAAUAUCUUUGCUUUCCAUGUCGAUGCCCAAUACGAAUACACAUCCAAACAAUUCGUUGCUGAGUUACCAUUAUGGACGUUGCGAUGGGUUACCUUGGGCGUGGCCGUGGGCGAUUUUGCUACCAGAGGCAUUUAUCGUUGGCUGAGUAAAAUGACCAAUUGCGUCGAUCAAGAAGAUGUCCUCUCCCUACCUGAAGAACAAUAGAAAAGAUAUUUACACUCAUUAAAGGAAGACAGUUGCAAAAAAUUGUGUUCGUGU